GAUAUUUCUGGAAAUAUGAAUUUGUCUAUUUUGUAACGUUUCAGAGCUCUUUGUUCUUCUCUUGUAAUUUCUAGGGCAUACUCUGCAGCAGAUCUCUUCUCUUUUAAGCCAUGGAGUUACCCCCAAAAGUGAAAAACAUGUUGCUUUUGGAUUCUGAAGGUAAGCGUGUAGCGGUUAAGUAUUACUCAGAUGACUGGCCAACAAAUUCUUCAAAGGAAGCUUUCGAAAAAGCUGUGUUCACAAAGACUCAGAAAACAAGUGCCCGGGCUGAAGUGGAAGUGACGGCAUUAGAGAACAACAUUAUUGUGUACAAGUUUGCACAAGAUCUCCAUUUCUUUGUUACCGGCGGUGAAGAGGAAAACGAGCUUAUCUUAGAUAGUGUGCUUCAGGGACUCUUUGAUGCAGUGACCCUUCUCCUUAGAGGCAAUGUUGAUAAGAGAGAAGCACUGGACAAUCUUGAUCUCAUCUUUCUAUGCUUCGAUGAAAUUAUCGACAAUGGUAUUGUUCUGGAGACAGAUGCAACUGUGAUCGCAGGAAAAGUAGGGAUCGACAGUACUGACCCUAAUGCACCUCUAUCCGAGCAGACGAUAAGUCAGGCACUCGCAACAGCAAGAGAGCAUUUGACAAGGUCACUUUUGAAAUGAUGUGUGUGGAUGUUCGGUUAUUAUAUCGGUUUUUGUUGUUGUCGUCGUCGUCUCUAUAUAUAAUGAAACUAUGAAUGUGUGUUUUGUCUUUUGUGGUUGCGUUAAUAGACUCUGAAAAAUAGAAAUUAGAAUUUGGAAUUUGAACUUUAAGAUAGUUACAGUUCUCAAGGCCUGAAGGCCAAAACAUUCUCUGAA